ACCAACGACGUGAACGUAUUAGGAAAUACAUGAUGCUAACGAACAUCUUUCUACCGUUCUUCCUGACGGUUAAUGUAAAUCUUUCAAAACCAUUGAAUUGUAAUAUGAUAUACUCAUAUCAUGUAAGCAAAGUCACAAUAAUAUAUAAAGAGCCUUUCGAACAUACGCAAUUAACUUCUACAAUAGCAUGUCGGCCCAUUUUAUUGAGUGGUCUCUGUUGUUUUAUGCAUGACAUCACAUCGGAAACGACUGUGAAGUAUUCAUCGUGGGGCAUUGGAAAAGUCAAGACAGACAUAUUGAAAGUCGAAAAAUGGUUUCAGAUGUGGUUCAAUAAUCGUGGUUUAUUGAGAACAGUCAUACCACCAGUCAAUUCGGAAAUUAAAAAUUUUAUUAAACAUAUCAGUCAACAAUUCAGCUUAGGUAUUAAUAUAGCAGAUUACAGAGACAAAAUACAAAUAGAUGUCCCAAUGAAAUUCAUCACAGAUGAAAAGACACCAAUGGGCAAUUGUAAAACUGAUUAUGAUAUAGAUAUAACAUAUAUAAAGAAUGCAAAUAAGGAAACAAAUUCCAUUUUCGAAAUUAGACCGUUAAUAUUGACACAUUACGUUAAGCAAGAAAAUUUAAUACGUACAUAUAUUAUGAAGUAUAGAACGAAAUGCGAUUAUUCAACAAUAUCAGAUAAUGCUACCUUGAAUGAAACGACAGUGGCAAACUAUGGACAUGGAAUGAAAGCAGAAGGUGAUAAAUUUCAAAUAAUUACCACGAUGGAUGUGUAUUUAUCAAAGCCCAUUUCAACCCCUUGGGUACCCACGUUUUCGGAAACGACGGAGAUAAAUCUAAUUAACAUUUCCAUCCGAUCAUUAUGUGAUGACUUAUGA